ACCGUAUGUUGACGAUAUGUGUCAAAAUGGCGUCUGUCACCUGUCGGAGUUCUUAGCUAUGUGAGCCGUGUAAAAUAUUUGACGUUUAACUUUGAUUAUUAGUAGACGAUGAGUGCACAACAAAAUACAUAGAAAUACAAACCAAGCUUUGAAGUUGUCCAGCGUACCGUAUCAAGUCGUAAUGGCGUACACAGUGUGUGAGAACCUCCGUGGCUUCGCCUACAGUCGUCCUCCACUGGUCAUCUUCAUGAUAUGUCUUGCUACGUUCGCCAUCGCCCUCGUCACGUUUGCCUAUGUUGUCAAAAUGAGAGACAUGCCCAAUCCAGAUAUUCCAGAGGACUGGAAUACCUUCCUGGAGAGUUUUGCUGAUGUAGAUUUUUGUGUGUUGAGCAACUCCAGUGAAUAUACAUCGGAUGCUACCACAGCUGGCACCACAAGACAUGGCCGUAAUAUGAUAGAUGGCCAACAUGAUGUGACCACCACGGCCACAGUGCCACCAGAUGGAGUUGUCAAUGUGUCGCUGUCGAUGAUGGUGGAGAUGCAGCCGACCCAGGACUUUGUGAACAUCCCCCACAAUGUGACAUACCUGUCUACAACGCUGAUGGGGGACCAGCUGGGCCUCUAUGGUGAAGCAGCUGACCUUGAGAUGAAUGUGACCUUUGUGUUGCCGUUCCAGUGGAACACGACACGAUGCAACCGCCGCGGCAUCUGUGAUCCGGUCAACAUCUUCACCUGCAUCAGCUUCCAGGCACCAGUGUCAUUCUUCCCCCACACAAGGAAGCCAGACAUGUGUCACGGUAACUCAGAGUCGGGGAUUGAGUACCAUGUGAAGAUGGUUGGUCUGAAGGGAACUCGCAAACAUCCCAAGGUGUUGUGGUGCAACAGUCAGCCAGUGCUGCAUGUCCGCUACAAGCUGGACCCCAGUCUCACCGUCAUGUUGUCAUUGCAUGACCGAUCCGUCAUCAACCUCCACUUGAUGCACACGAGUUACUUCCUGUUUGUGAUGGUUAUCACGCUGUUCUGCUAUGCCAUCAUCAAAGGGAGGCCACCCAAGACCAAGAUCGUUCAACAGAUUCAUUUUGAAAAGAUUCCAAACAAAGCAUAGGUGACAUCAUAUUGAAGAGGAAUCAGGAUACGAAGAGAGUUUGGGAUUUUCAUAAAUCAGAAGAAAAGAAAUGGUUUAAAAUAUUCCUGCGACAAGUUCUUUAAAUAUGCCAACUAGGUGUGAACAUGGCACAGAGGUUUAUAUUCAAAAUCAAAACCUACACUUUGGAACUUAAUCGUUGCUUGAUUCCAUUUGAUAAAAUAUUUUCCUUAAUCCUUGCACAAGUAGGGUUUAUUAUGACCAGGACCUUUACAUCACCAUGGAAACGACUUGUCAGUUUCACAACUGUUUCCCACUUGGACAUGGACAUUCUACCGAAUGAGAGGAAAGUCUCAGUUUUAUGAAGAAGGAUGUAAAGAUUUCAUUCUCUGUCAAAAGUACCUCAACAAAUGUUCCAAUGAGAAAAAUCUGUUGAUGUAGCUUUUUGUGAAACAUUAUGAUUACUUCAGUAUAAUGAUUGAAUUAUUUGUGUUUCUGUGAGAUGAGGGAGUCUCAAGAUGAGGAAGGACAGAAACAUUUCCUUUCCUUGUGUAUCAGAUUUGGCUUCCUCAAAGGAUGACAACAGGAAAUGGUAAAGGAAGAGCUGUUCAGGAUGUUGACGGGAUCCUUCACAAGAUAUGAGGGUUGAUGACACUUGGAGUUUGAUAUUUAUACAGACAUACUUAUUUAUCCUAUGCUGUAGGUAUGACUUGGGAUUGCAGUCUCAAGGGGCCACCGUUUUGAGGCCGUUGUUCCAUCUCGAGGGGCCACUGUUUGGAUGCCAUUGAUGGAUCUUGUGGGGGCACCUGUUUUGAGGCCAUUGGUCCGUCUUGUGGGGGCACCUGUUUUGAGGCCAUUGGUUCAACUUGUGAACUGUUGAAAAGCCAAUAGAAAGUGUGACAGAUUUUAUUUGCAAUUCAUAUGUGAAAUUGACGUUAAAGUUUGAUUGUACACGUAUGAGAUCAGCACCUUCAGUGAAUGUUUCUGUUUGGAUUCUUUUGGUUUCUUUGACAAACAUAUUUAUUUGCUUGUUCAAGUCUCAUGCAUUAUUAACAUCAUGCAUGGUACAACCCUAAAUGAAUAUUGUAUGGUAUAUGUUUAAAAAAAUGUGACAUUUUUAGAAUAUUCUUAAAUGGUGGGAAAAUUCAAUGUAUUUCCCCAUUGCAACAUUUCACCGCCAACAUAUUGAAAUCUUGCAGCCAUGCAACAAAACUCAACUGAUUGACAAUUGUGGUAAACAUUAAUGUCAUGCAUUAUGUUUUGAAUUUGUGGAUUUUUUUUUAUUAUUGCCACAUUAUGAAUUGGCUGGAGCUGUCCCAGGGGCAUUGAUGAGUUUGAGUCCAAAUGCUAGUUUUUUGGGGUUUAUUUUUGGCUACCAUCACUUUAUUUACAGCACUGAAUACCAAACCAACCAUGUAUGAUAUACUGAUUGUGUAUUUAGUAUAUCUUUCAUGUUCCUAGUGUUUUCAUUUGCAGUCAUGACUUCAGCAUAGCAAGUGAUUCACAGUGAUAGUUUCACUGAAUGGUGUGCCUUUCAAUGGCUGAAUCAACAGAUGAUGGCUUGGAUGGCCAAGUGGUUAGUGCUCUCUGUCACAUGGACGACUCAGGUUCUAUUCCCACAUGGCGAAGCACAUUGAUCAGUCCCCUGAUGUGAUGUGCGGCAAUGUGGUGUAAAGGCGUACACAGAUUGAGACUUUGGAUUCAGAGACAGGCAAAUUAUGCAGAGGAUGUAUAACAGUGAUAUCACAUGUAUAUAUGUGUUUACAGUUGCUAUUUAUUACCGUCAGAAUGUAAUAUACAACAUUCAUAUCCUGUAAGCUUUGCGGAUGUUUUCAGGUAUAUCACAGUGUUAGGUUAGGAGGGAUGAUAAUGUAUUCAGGGCUGAAAAUCAUGAUUAGCUUGAGAAUGCAUGUGACUAUUUUUCAUCAAGUCCUUCGAACCAAUGUCAUUAGCAUCAGAUGUUUGUGCUUACUAUCACAACACAAAGAACAACCUUUCACGAACUUUGACCGACCAAUGAAAUGACUAACAUGUCCUCAGAUCUUAGGUUAGCGGGAGCGAGUACUAAGAUCUGAUUUUCAUGAGAUUAAAAUUCAAACUAAACCCAUAUUCCAGGUUUUAUAGGCUAUCAUGAAUCUUGUUUCAACCAAAUUUUAUUUCUGCUUGAAACCCAAAAUUAUGAAAUAUGAAAGUUCUGAUGCGUCGGUAAAACACUUUUGCAAAGAUUUGACUUGUGAACUGGAAGAAAGAAGAGAAAUUUGUCUUGGAAGAAAGCCUCUCAGACUUCCACUUAGGUCAUGGUUUUAUUCUCAGAAUAUGAUAACAUGUUGCAGGGGUAUUUAUUAUUUGUGAUAGUGCUAGAUUCAGAAGUCAGUUUGGUGUCAAAUGUCAAAAAUUUGUUAUGUCAUAUUUUGAUACAGGACAGAAGUAAAAUUGAAAAUAAUUAUACGUAUAUGUUUAUCAGUAUCAGUACAUACCAAGAAUUUAUUUAUUUAGUUUCUGCCACUUUUAACUUGUGAGUCUGGUCAAAUCUGAUGUUAUUGUUGGUUAAAUUAUUUAAUUUAUGUGAGAAGCCAAUUUCUUAUGUCUUGAUAUUUCUGGAAUAUUGCGAAAAUCGGCAUAAAACACAACUCACUCACUCACUCAAAUUGUUGGGUGACGGAGAAAAUGAUUGGCCAAGUAUCAGAAAUAUAAGGGGGCAGUCGGGUAGCCUUGUGGUUAAAGCGUUUUGCUCGUCACGCCGAAGACCCAGGUUCGAUUCCCGACAUGGGAACAAUGAUUGAAGCCCAUUUCUGGUGUCCCCCGCCGUGAUAUUGCUGGAAUAUUGCUAAAAGCGGCGUAAAACCAUACUCACACACUCACUCACUCACUCAGAAAUAUAAGGACGUGAGUGCAUGUGGACAAUGGGUGCAGCCCAUUCUGGUGUCAAGCUCCUUGAUAUUGUUGGAAUAUUGCUAAUACUGGUGUAAAACAUGACUUGCUCUCUCACUCACUCACUCACUCGACUGAUAUGUGAGUACCCGGGUUUUACCUUGACUCACAAAAGUAGGGGUCCAGGGGACCCCCAAUAAUUUAUUUUAAUGGUCCUAGCUGGUAAUAUGAGGGUCCUGUAAACAUGUAUUGAAAUGCUGUAGUGUACUGUACAUAUUUGAUAAUUACUUUAAAUAGAGCCUGGAAUGAACCAAUGAUGAAGUGGACGUUAGACACAUCUGAUGGAUGACAUGUCAGACACCCAUAACUGCUCUUUAUGCGUGGUAUAAUGGAUAUCAUUAUAUAUUCUUUUUCUGCGUCCAAUCUCAACAUUUGUGCGUCACAGAAAACCCUGAGUACAUAUGAGUCUAGUGACAGUGCGAGAGAUUGGCCAGGUAUCAGAACUGAAAGGACAGGGAAUUAUUUUUCUCAGAAAUGAGGAUCAAUAACCCUGAAGCCUUGCAAUCCAAAAGGAUUUUGUAGAAUUAGGAGACAAACAAGAUCGGGUGGUCAGGCUUGCUGAUUUGGUUGAUGCGUGUCAUCAUAUCCCAAUUGUUGAGAUUGAUGCUCGUGAUGUCAAUCACUGGAUUGUCUAGUCCAGACUCGAUUAUUUACAGACUGACGUCAUGUAGCUAUAAUAUAACUGAGUGCAGCAUUAAACAACAAACAAAGAAUUAUGAGAAUGAGCCUGGUUCAGUGUUUCAGGAUGAGCCUGGUUCAGUGUCUGAGAAUGAGCCUGGUUCAGUGUCUGAGGAUGAGCCUGGUUCAGUGUCUGAGAAUGAGCCUGGUUCAGUUUCUGAGGAUGAAAUGUAGAUGUGGGUACUUCACUGCUGAUUUGUCCUGUUUAUAAGUGACUGCCAUGUUGUUCCUUCAUUCUCCCAUGUAGUCGUGCAUGGUGAAUACGUAUGUGUACCUGCAAAUGUAAAUCAGCUUCUCUUUUGUAAGCAUUCAGUAUUCACGAGGCCACUAGUAUGAAGUACGAGUUGGUAAAUUUCUGUCUAGUCAGCUCUUGUAAUAAUAGUACAAUAACACUCAGUUCUACUGAACACGAUGCUUAGAGCCAUAUUCAGGCGAGCAGACUCAAACAUGGGCUGACAUGUUUCAAUUAUGCAAGGCUUGAGAUCCAAUCAAUUUACAGUAAACCUCAUUUAAACAAAACACCUAUUGUAACUAAGCAAUAUGGGUGCUUAGAAAGUCAACAAGAAAGGUCCUUUUUAAAUCUGCCAAAGUUAAAUUUCUUCACAGAGAUUGAGCAAUAGUGAACAAACUUAGUUCAAAUGUUGACACAAAAAUAUUAUAGUAACAAGGAAAAUAUUUUCCUCUUCUUCACUGCUGUUUUGGGGGCACAGGUGGCCCAGUUGUCUAAGGCGUCCCUUGGGCAUGCCAGAAACCUGUGAUUAUGGGUUCGAAUCUCGGUUCGCCCCGAUUAUGUUUCUAGUUUUGUUAGCACCAUACCCGUGCUCG